UGUAAGAGACAGAGUGAGAGAGAAGCAGAGAAGGGAAGCUGCAAGUAGAGACCAAGACACCCAGCGCACGGAGGCAGGUUCACCCACAGACCCACCUGGGAAAAUGCCCAACUUUGCAGGCACCUGGAAAAUGAAGAGCAGCGAGAAUUUCGACGAACUUCUGAAAGCCCUCAGUGUGAAUGCCAUGCUGCGGAAAGUGGCCGGAGCAGCCGCCUCCAAGCCCCACGUGGAGAUCCGGCAGGAUGGCGAGCAGUUCUAUAUCAAGACUUCCACCACCGUGCGCACCACUGAGAUCAACUUCCGCAUCGGGGAGGAGUUUGAUGAAGAAACAGUGGAUGGGAGGAAGUGCAAGAGUCUGGCCACAUGGGAGAACGAGAACAAGAUGUACUGCACUCAGAGGCUACUGGCCGGGGAUGGACCCAAGACCUACUGGAGCAGAGAGCUUAAGGGCGACGAGCUCAUCCUGAUCAUCGGGGCGGGUGAUGCUGUGUGCAGAAGGGUUUACGUACGAGAGUGAAGAACCUGCGGUAGCCAUUGGAAUGAGGAAAUAGACUCUGCUUUUUCGUUUCGAGUCUCAUGGUUAUCCUGCAACAUGCAACAAUGGAGUCUGCAUUCCUAGUUAAAUGUGUCUAAGUCUGUGUUACUUUCCCCUUCUAAUCCCCCAUACCCAGCCCUUUCUUUUUUGUGUAUCAGAUUUGUCACUGAAGAAAAUUAAAUGAAGCAAAGCAACAGUGGUGAUGCAGAGGGUUAUAUAAGGAUGUAACUUUAUAACCAGUUGUUUUUGCUGUGGUUGAUAUUGUUCCUGUACAUGAACUCUGACAGUUAUUACAAAACUAUGCCCUUGUGUGACGUAUCUUGGGAAAACGAUAUCAAAUGUCAGGUUCCACACAGCUCUCCUGGUGUUGCUUUGGUCAGUGUUUCAUCACACCAGAGAGGGGCUGGGACUGGGGCUCGAACCACUAACGCUGCUGGGCCAGUUCAGCACGGAGAAAUUUUUUCAUUUUUUUUUUAUUCGCAUUAUUUAGUUCAUUAUAGAGCUGGAGAUUUUUUCACAAGAGCAACUCCAGCACUUUUCUGAAGAGUGUUCCAGCAGGACUUCUCUUGGAAUCAGCCUUGGCAACCAGCUUACAAAUCCAUGCUCUUAACCGCUAUGCAGCCUGUUGCUACUUGUGAAAAUAACCUAAA